AUGCCACACUCGAUAUCGCACAGCGUCUUCGCACGAACAAGCCUGACCAUCUGCGACAACUUCAUCAUGGCGCUGAGCUACCUGGACGCGAAACGAAUGAUGUCGCCCGAGGAGCUGAUAGCAAGCGCGAGCCCCUGGUUCCUGGAUGCUGAAACGGUGUGGUGGCGGAAAUUCUGGAUGGACAGUUGA